AUGGUUGCUAAUAAUAUUAAGAUCAUCAAGGUUAGAUGGGAGAGACCUCCUUACCCAUUCAUUAAAAUCAAUACAGACGAAAGCUACACAAAUAAGAGAGCAGGUAUUGGGGGAAUUUUUAGAGAUCACACAGGGCAUACCUUGCUUUUCUAUAAGGCCCCUUAUAUUGCUGAAGAUGCCUUGGACACUGAAGCUGCUGCCCUAUAUUGGGCAUUAAAAUUUGCUAAGGAGAAUAAGUGGAAGUGGAUUGUUGCUAAAGUGGACUCCUCCCUACUGGUGGAGCUACUGAACAUUAAGAUGGAAGCUAACAUACCUGCAAACUUCCUGGCUAUGGAGGGUGCAAAUGCUGAGCAUGUUGAG